CCCUUCCAGCGUCAGGGAUGGGGCUGGUUGGUGCGACCCCUGCUCCGUUUGCCUAGAAGAUUCAUUCUUCACCAGUGCCGACCCUAAAUCCACUGGUGCUCCAGCCCCGUCUCUGAAGUACCCACUGACAGCGGGAACUUCAUAUAGGGCUCGUCUUCACUGCAGAGUUACCUCGAGUUAGUUAACUUCCCUCUCAGUUAACAGCCCUGGAAACGGAGAUCUUUCGUUCAUCUUCAGAAACGAUACAGGACUGCUGGCGCCAGUAUGUGCUUCUCAAUGCUGUCCUGCUAGCAUCUCCCCCAUGACCCCUGCCCUGCCUUGCCCUUGCUCUCUCUGCUGAGACCGCCAAUUAAGAAAUGCUUUUGUACUGUGGUGUCGCUUCCCAUUUGAAACUAGAAUAAGGCCUGGGCUAGGCACACAGUUGCCCCUGUUUAAUUAAAGGUGCCUUUUAAAGCAGAUUUAGUUAAACCGGUGUAACUGCGUGCGAACUCUCGUAUAUUGGUUUCGCUUUGGUAGGUUUACAUGCAUGAGUUAAACUGACAUAGCCAGUUUUAAACCAAUAUAAGUGGGUCCAUAGAGGGAUUUGCACCACCAUGAGUGAGCCUAGCUCAAGUGAGAGCUGUGAAAUAACUCGAGCAGAACAGAAUCCCCACUACAUCAGCACCACUCCAGCUUCAACUACCCGCCCAGCGUGGGGUUAAAGCACCACUUAACUCGGGCGAAAGAUCUUUGUGUGUGGAUGGGCGUCAGGUUGGGGGUGAUGCUUGAGCUAAUGCCGCAGUGAAGUCACGCCCAUAGACUCCUCCACGGUGGUAUCGGAGGAAAAGGCCCAGCCCCAAAUUCUGGCCUGGCCUGAUUGAACUCUUGUGAGCUGCUGGGCCCGCUGUGCUUUCUGCAGGGCUAGCUGUGCUGCAGGUAUUCGGGGUCUCUGUUGUGGAGAGAGAAGGAUGUUCUAUUCUAUUUAGGUUCUUAUCUGGCCCUCAGCACCAUAGUCUCCGAGCACCUGUUGGCAGAGCUGUCCUAAGAUACUCCCAGUGUUACCUUGAAAAAAACCCCAACCCCCUGAGUUGAAGGUGCUUUUCCCAGCAGCAUCUGCAACACCCUCUGCUUUCAUUUGGACAGACUUUUCCAGCCAUUAAAGCUACAAAGAAAAAACACCCAAGUUUGAACAAAGCAGCCCCAUGUGCCUGAGUCUGCAGACAGACCGCUCCUCCUGGCUGGGGCUGGGAGCUUUGCUGACCCUGUAAUUAACAAAAUUCCGGUCAGUUUCACAACUGCUGUUCAGAGCCCUGUGUGAGUGAUCUGGAUGUGCUGCUGCCCAGAAGAGCGCUGAGAAGCAGCAGAGGUGCAGUAGGUAUUUGUGGAGGAAGGGAACCCUAGAAACAGAGGCAGGGGGUGGGGGGGACAGUAGUGAAGACCCUCCCCACUUGCAGUAGACAAGAGGCUCUGGCGUAGGGGGAAGAGAGCAAACUCCUUCCAGCAAGUGGAGGAUGGUGGAGCUUUGAUCUUAUUAGUCGUCUGCUAGCCCGAGGCUGUUACACCCCAGCAGGGUCCAGGGACAGCACCCUGCUGAAACUGCCGACAACUGAGAAUUGCCAGGCCCGUCACCAGGGCGUUGAUCCUGCAGCCUCACCAUCAUUCGUACCUAGUCCUGGGCAAGCCAGUUUAACCUGUCCGUGGUGAAUCUUCCAACAUCUGGCCCCAGUUGUUGUGGAAGGAAGCUGGUAGCCCGCGCUGCGGUCUCUUUGCCCUUUAAACUGUGUUUCAAAAUGGCUGAAGUUGGCACGGGUCUAACCCUGCUAUGAAGGGGGCUUCACAUGGACUUGGAAGACUGCACUGGUGCCAAGCCGGUUUAAAUUGGUCCAAACCAAGGUUCCAGCUGCAGCCUUUAGGAUAAGAGCAUGAGCUCAGGAAUGCGCUGUGUGCAUUGGAUGGCUGGGGGUCAAGGGAACAGAUCACGCUGGCUUCAGACUAACCCUGUCCAAGCUACUGGGCGUGUAACUUACACCAUGCCCUUCACCUUCUCAGGCAUCCUGGGCCGGGGAUCUGGAACAAGGGCACAGAUCUAGGACUCCCACGAACUCGGUCAAAGUUGGGUUCUGUCCGACCUGUAAUCUGGGAGCGGGUCCAGAAGCACUGCAGGGUCUGAGCCUGCCAGCAGCUGAGCAUCUCCUGGGAGCUCGUGAGCACCCUCAGCGCCUGUGGACUUCCGGAGCAGCUGAGGGUGCUCGUCCCCCCGCGGCAGGCAUUCAGCUCCUUACAGAAUCAGGCAACAAAGCGUGCCACUGCUGCGUUAUUCAACCCUCUUUGGUAACCUAAUCGCAAUGGAGUUUCCAGCGCCCAGGGUCAGCUGCGUUGCUCCUCGGUGCUGUCAGCGCAGCUGACUUGGGCCAGUCUGCUGCUAGCAGUCAAGGUGGUCCGCUUUUUUAAUGACCCGAGCCAAGAGCCUUUUCCACUGGCCAACGCUAAACAGGCUUAGCUGCCCUGGUUUGGCGGGGAGGGGAGCUGGGCAAGAAGCGUGGGGAGGGAUUAAAUAGGGGAACACGGAAGGGAGGGGCGUCCCCAUUCUGAGCCUGCUUCACACUCAACACGCCACACCCCGGUGCUUAAAGGCACAGGCCGCGGUAGUCCAUAGGGCAGCAGAUGCUGUCUGUUUCCAGCAUAUUGCCAAGGAUGGGGACGAGUUGGGUUGAUAAGAGGGUCUGGAGCCUUUCGCCUCUAGAUAACCCGUCCUCAGUUAGCCCUGGUCCCUAGUGAUUCCUGCCUGGUGGCUCGUGUCGGCAGUAAAUUCGGAGAGGGACUUAUCGUAGUUCCCAGCAGGCAGAUAUCCGUGCUGCCAAAACCACCAUCGCCACCGGCAUUAAUCGGGAGAUUUCCAAGCCAGAAGCAGGGGCUGCGCAGAGGUUUUCGGGGGCAAAAUCUGAAACGGAGGCUCGGGGCCAGAGUGAACCCGCAGUGGUGGCUUGGCUCCUGUUCUGUAGGGCUGGACCCAGCUUCCCGCUCCGGAGUCGUUCCAUGUGGGGUCGCAGUGCCACUCGGGUUUGGCCCAGCCGUGACAGCAGAUCCACGGGGCAGGGGGCAUGUUCUGCUGUUUGAAUAAACAGAGGAUUCCAGCCUCCAGGGCUCUUAAUCCUGCCACUAGCACUAGAGUCCCAUUUGUGCGUAUGUCCCCUGCCUGGGGCAGUAACCUAGGACUUGGGAGUCCUGGGUUCGAUUCCCAGCUUUGCCACCUUGAGUGAGUCCCUUAGCCGCUCCGUGCCUCGGUUUCCCCAUCGGUACCAUGGGGAUAAUUGCACAGCCCUGCCUCACGGGGGUUAAAGAUUUUGAGGUGCUCAGAUACUGCAGCGUUGGGGGCCAUAUGGGUUUCCUAGGCUGGUAUAUAGUCUGUCAGCUCAGGGCACGGGGCCUAUUCGAAUGGGUGCAGCAGUUCGGGGGAGCCAGUGGCUAUGCGCGGCACUGGCACGGUGGCAUUGGACUGGCAGGGGGCCCUCUUUGAACCCGCUUUCUCCUCCUCCACCAGCGCAUCAGAGGGGAAAGAUGGUGAAAGAAACGGGUUACUACGACCUCUUGGGCGUCAAGCCGGGCGCCACCUUGGACGAGAUCAAGCGAGCGUACCGGCGGCUGGCGCUGAAAUACCAUCCCGACAAGAACCCCAGCGAAGGAGAGCGGUUCAAGCAGAUCUCGCAAGCCUACGAGGUGCUGUCGGACACCCAAAAGAGGGCGCUGUAUGACCGGGGCGGGGAGCGGGCCAUGAAAGAAGGCGGCACUGGAGGCCGAGGAGGAUUUGGGUCCCCGAUGGACAUAUUCAACAUGUUCUUCGGAGGCGGGGUGCGGAUGCCUGGCCGGCCAGAGAGGAGAGGAAAGACAGUGGUGCAUCCGCUCUCGGUGACCCUGGAGGAUCUGUACAACGGCACCACCCGAAAGCUGUCCCUGCAGAAGAACGUCAUCUGCGGCAAGUGCAACGGCUGCGGGGUCCGGGAAGGCGUCGACAGCAGGUGCCCCAAGUGCCACGGCACCGGCAUGGAGUUUCACGUCCACCAGUUGGGGCCCAGCAUGAUCCAGCAGAUCCAGACCAUGUGCUCGCAAUGCCAGGGCCAGGGCGAGUGGGUCCGGCCCCUCGAUCGCUGCCUCACCUGUAACGGCAGGCGGGUGGUGCGAGAGAAGAAGAUCCUGAACGUCCACCUGGACAGAGGCAUGCAGGACGGGCAGAGGAUCACGUUCCACGAGGAAGGGGACCAGGUGCCCGGCCUAGAGCCUGGGGACGUGGUCAUCGUCCUGGAUCAGAAGGAGCACCCCGUCUUCCAGCGCAUCGGCAACAACCUGGUCCUCCGAAAGGAAAUCAGCCUGGUGGACGCUCUGUGCGGCUUCAGGCAAGUUGUCCGCACUCUGGACAACAGGCCCCUGCUCGUCUCCUCACAGCUUGGUGACGUCAUCCGGCCGGGAUCCGUGAAGUGCGUCCCUAACGAGGGCAUGCCCGUCUACAGAAACCCCGCCCAGAAGGGCCGGCUCAUCAUACACUUCCAGGUGAGAUUCCCAGAGCCAGGCUGGCUCUCCCCGGACCGUCUCCACCAGCUCCGCACUUUCUUCCCCCCCCAAGAAGAGGUCAUGGCGACGGAGGACAUGCAGGAGGUGGAACUGAACGACUACUUCUCCCAGCCGGGACACUGGUGGCAACCCCACGCCGGCGAGGCCUACCACGAAGACGACUUCGAGGAGGCCUCGCGCCCGCAUGUCCAGUGCCACACGUCGUAGCCCCCCCCCCCCCCCCGGGCGGCCGCCCCCUCCCUGGAGCAGGGCGGGGCGAGGGGGGCGGUUCAGAAGGUCGUGCGGUUCAGGGAUGUAAAUAGUUAACGCUGCCACCGGUCCAGUUUGGCAGAACUAGCGUAGCUCCGGCCUGGCUCGGUCGGUCCCCGGGGGGCGCCACUGAGCCCCUGUGGCAGGAGGAGGCUCAGCACGUGGAGUUCCUCGCAUCCCACAUCCUGCCAGCGCGCACUCAAGGGCUUAGGCUCCAGCUAACAGUAGUCGCUGCCUCCGAGGAGCGUAGUGGUGUGAAAGGGUCCCUGGGCACAAUGCAUCAGGAUCAAUGUCUACAGGGAUCAUUCACCGCUAUCGCUCUGGGGGCCUGAUUCUCAUUCACACCGAAGCCCCUUUAGGCCCCAAUAAGGAGGCCUUAAAGUGGGAGUAACCGUACCCCGCGCCCACAGGCGGGCCCCUUUUGUGCUGCCUGAGCGGCAUCAAAGAACCUUAGUUGUCCUCGAGAAUCGGGUCCUUGGGUUUAAACCCCUUCCAGAUUCUCCACUCAGCCCCGUGGGAGUUUGACCAGCUUUAGUCAACGUGCCGUUUUUGCACUAAAGCUUCGUGCCGUUUCGCGACCUGCCCCGGGCGUUUUGCUUCCUCCUCUGCCUUGGGUGGACUGUGCGGCUUCCCCGCCUGAGCUGCAAAGACGCGCUCGCUCGCUCUAGAGAUCUUCUUUUGCACAUUUAAGCGAAAGGGGCUGUUUUCCCAGGGAGGGAAUAUCAGGGACUUAUUAAACAAAGCCGGUUUUCCUCCGCUUGGAAAACGCCAGCAGCUUCGCAAAGACACGUCUGUCCGCUUGGGUUUCCCAUUGACUCGCGUUCCCUUAGCAUGUAACAGGAUGUGGAAAGAAUUCUGAGGAGUCAGUGGCACUUAACUACAAAUCAUCCCGAACCUGGAAUCAGAUCCGCCCGGGAGGAGGUCUAGGGGCCAAGAUCUAGUCUGAGGAGCCUGGGUCUGCUUCGCGGAUCUCUACCGCCGAUCUGGUCGGUAGCACUGAAAUCCCAGGCCUUGAUUCCCAAGUGCCCUGCCCUGUUGUGGUUUACGCCAGCGCAUAGUCGGCGCAGAAUGCUACUGGAUCAGAACCAGUGUAAAUGCACCAGGCGUAGGGCAAUGAAUCAGUCCUGCCCGCAGGCGUUUGGGGAUUGUAGCGCCAUCUACUGGUAGUCCUGAGCUAUGCGCUAUCCCAGAAUAAAACAUGGCUCAGCUGUUUCUUUCAAGGUCAUACAGUUGCUUUUUCUUUUCAUUGUACGGAGAGGGCUCUUGAUGCUUCUUGGUUUUAAUCGCCUUCCUUUCUCGUCUGUCCGGGUCGUGGUGCGUUCUGCUGGUUCACCUUGGGUCUGUCCAGUCAGCUGAACUUUUUACAAUGCAAAAUACCGUUGAGUUUACUUCUCACCCCUGUGCCCGGCACUCCGCUUCUGCCAUCACUCCCAGGUUAAUGCGUCCGCCCCACUGGAAUCUGCCACGCCGUUCACAGGAGCAGAGGCUGCCACUCAUUAAUGCUGAAGGCUGAUGUGUACUGCCACCUUCUCGUUGAAAUGUUAGAGGUGGUUAAGGAGUGGGUCCUGAAGGUCCCCCACUGAGGUUCAUGGGCUGGGAGAGGACCUAAGAAGUAGACCUGUGUUUGAUAGGCCCACAGUACCUGGUAGCAGAAUGCAAGAGAGUAUGGUUGAGUGGUUAGAGCAGGCAGUUGGGAGGCAGAAAAUGUGGCUUCUGUUUUCAGCUCUGCCGCUGUGACUUCAGCAAGGCCCUGCCUCAGUUUCCCCAGCUGUAAAGUGGAGAUCGUGCCUACAUCGCAGGGGUGAGCUGAGAGACUUGUCUCCCUCCUUGGACGGCAGGAGCAAAGUGUGGAGUCUUCUCAGGAAACCUCCCUGCCCAGCUCACGGUACAAACCCUGCGCUCUCAACUCCCCUGAAACUGGCCCCAAGCACUUCCUCUUGCUGCCACAGCUGAUCAACAGAGAGAUCUGUUUGUGGCACUCUUCUUCCUGCAGUCACCACGGGAAGCCACGACCCAGAGCACAGAGUACUGUCCCCGCAGCAGCCGGGGGUUGGAAGUGAGCAGACUGCAUCGGGUGAAGAAAAGCUGUAACCUAGGUGUUCUGAUGGACGGUCGCCUGUUGCCAGCACGUGGGGGGAGUGGAAGCAACAGGAAACGCAUGUGAUCAUUGAAGGAAGACAGCAGUCCUGUGGCAGCGUUUCUUGCAACUUCCUGUGAAGCAGCCAGUACUGGCCACUGUGAGAGACAGGCUACCGGAUAGAAGGAUUCUGGGUCUGAGCCAGCCUGGCGGUUCUUGUGUGCCACAGGGCAAGCUGAAUGUUAAGUGAAAGCAACAUCUGGGUUGAGGAUUUAAACCGUCAGCCAGGAGGGGCCACAAGGGAGUUUUGCUCGAGCAGCGACUGUGUUCUGGACCAGGGGAUUAAACACAAAAAAGGAUUGGCCUAGGGUGAGGGCACUUGGGAAAUACGGAGAGCUCCCACCACGGUUAAGACAGGUGUGUGGCUCCUCUUUUAUGUAGACUAUGGUACAUCCCGAACCAUAGUGGUUAGGAAAAGCGCCGCAUGCAGUGGUGCUGACUUGAUUCUGCUGCAGGGGCCUGGAGCUCUCUCUCUGAAUCCGACGCUUCCAGUCAGCCCAGGGGGGAUCUGAGAGUCAAGCUGGUGCAUCUUUGUCUUGUGCAUCGUCUCUGGUGAAAGUUCUUCCAGGCCCUUCGGGGGCGCCUGUGCAGCAGGGUGAACAAGACUCGAGUCUAGCUCCCCUGCUGGGCUCCGGGGUUAAUGAGAGUUCAAAGGGCUGCUCUGAACGGCCUGCCGUCUGCAGGCCUUGUGGCAUGCCAGGAGCAGAGCCGAUGAGUAGAGACCGGGCUGUUGCACACUCCCUUCAGGCCAGUCCAGUCGCUUCAUCUGCCCUUUCAAGAUGAACAAUCCCCCGCCGCUCCCCCUGGGCAGUGACACCUGCUGUGGCAUCCACCCCCCAUCCUGCACCCCAUGGAGCCAGUCUCUACUGCAGGGGCAGAAACUCCCAGACCGGCUUGGAACGGGGGAAGCUUAUCUUUGCUAAACAGUCUCCCCACAGUGUGUGACGCCCCUGGCUCGGGAGUUGCAUGUUUCCUCCAGGGAGGGAGCGCUGCCUAGUGGGUAGACCAGGGGCUGGGAGUCAGGAGGCCUGGCUCCUAUCCCAAGGUCUGGAAGGGGCUGGGUGGGUGUUAGUGGUUAGAGCAGGAGAUUGGACUCCUGUCCUGAUAGGGCGGAGCCAGCCCUGGCUUUGAUCCCUCCCUACACCUAGACAGAUCCCUCUUCAUCUAGGAACCAGUGCGCCUCCCACCCCGCCCCAGGGUGCCCUCGGGCAAUGGCAAACCCACCUCAUUGGCAAGUGAGAUUCUGAAACAGGCUCGCUGGGGUGCAGCUGACAAAUUCAGGCUGCUGUCACACCCUGUAAUUAGAUGGGGGGGGCAAGGCCUUAGCCCCAGGGUUCUCAACUUGGGGGGUCACGAGAGGUGUCAGGGGAUCAAAGCUCAAGGGAGAGGCUGGGGGGGGGGGCAUAGGCACCUUUAUCCAGACGUCAGCUGCCCCCAGGGCGUUUGGGGAGGGUCUGUGUUCUUGGUGCACACAGAUGACCGCACCGCUGUGGCCAUUCGUGUCCAGGCCAGGUUUAUGCUCAGGCUGAGGAUACAGGGUACAAACCUUGCUAAUUAUCUCAGGGCUGUUCCCUCCCCCCGGGACCCUUUGCACCAGCUCUGGCAGCGUAAAGGGGCCAGGGCGAUUCACACUUGCUGUGAGGCCCCUGGGCUGGCAGAGCAGUGGGGGGAAAAGGGACCUGGACAAUGAGACUCGGGCCCAUCUGCUUAACUUUCUUUAGUCAGUUUCUUUCUUCGCUCAAAGCCUAAAUUAGGCUUCAGGAAGUAACGGGGGCAGGGGGGUUUUCUUUCCUUUUUGCACAGAAGGGAGUUUUUAAAAAAACGUUAAUUUAUUUUUGAAAGUAUUUUAAAUUGGUGUCUGUCUGUCUCUUUUUUUUUUUUUUUUCUUUUGGGAAACUUUGUACAUGGCAUUAAAAGCAAAUCCGAGUCUGACCGGA